AUUAGCUUUUGCAAUAAAGAUUGCAGUAUAGUCUCUACAUAAGUCUCUUCUACCUCACUUUCUCCAUAAGAAAUUUUAUUAUUGUCUUUUAAAGUAUAAAAUGAUUUUAACUCUUUUUCAGGGCUUCUUUUAAGAAAUCAUCUUCACUUUGUGAACACAUAGUUGUAAGGAUUAUUCAAUUGUUUAUCUCCCCACCACAGAACAGUUUUUUGAUGCAAAAAAAAAUCAAAAGAAUUCUGAUUUGUUUAAAUUCUUAUGCAAUGUGAAUUCCAAAUUUUCCAAAUACUGUGGACUGUGUAUUUGUGCAUCUGUCUUGACACGCAUGAUGACUUUUGAUACUUUGAAUUAACCAUUUGGGGUGUGUGUGUGUGUUUAUGUAUCUUAAUAGGGUUAUGAAGGAACUGAGUUUUUUACUGACUAUAUUCUUGGCACUUGUGAAAGUUACUGUAGUCAAAAUCUGUGCUAAUGUGCAUUUAGGCUUGUCAUGUGUGUUUUAGGAGAGGAAUAUAUAGGGUACUGAAGAGUCUGAAUAAAUGUACAGGAUCCAGGAUUCAUAUUCUGAUGAAGAAUAAUAUGGAAAUUGUUAGUAUUCUUCUAUGGCUUAAUGUCUUUGUCAGUAUGCUAUUGGAAAAUGUCAUUGAAUUUGAAAUCAUACCAGAAGGAAGAUGGAUCACUAAAUUAGUUCAUUUGCUAAAAGGAAAUACAACAACACUGGUACCUGGGGAAGAAAGUCCUCAAGUAUGAGUGGAUUUCUUGAUUUAGGCUAGAUUUGCUGUUGUUUUGUAGUGGCAACAAGACAAUUUUCUAAACCUUUCUUUUCUAAAGCAUUCACUUGAAAGGUACAGUUAGAGAGGAGGAGACAGCAGUAGUGCUAACACUAACAUUCUCUGGUUUGUUACUCACAUGCCAGAGCCGGGCCAGGCUGAAG